AUGGUCUUCUCGCCCCGCCUCGCCGCGGCGCUCGCGCUCGCGUACGCGUCCGCCGCGCCUUUCGCCAGCGCGCAGGACGCCGACGCGCGCGCGUCGGUGCAGUACCCGGUCGGGCUCGCGCACCGGACGGACGUAAACUUCACGGAGCUGUUCGCCGCGUACGGGGACGGGCUCGGGCCGCAGACGGCGUGGACGCGGGCGGCGUGGAACGGGCUGACGACGUUCGCGCGCGCGCCGCCGCAGCGGUGCUUCGGCGUGGACGCCGGGCAGCCGUUCGACGUCGCGGUCAUCGGCGCGCCGUUCGAUACCGCGACGAGCUUCCGGCCGGGUGCGCGGUUUGGGCCGAACGGCAUCCGCAAGGGCUCGCGCCGCCUCGGGAUCGACAGGUUCAACGUGCCGGCCAAAGUGCGGAUCACCGACCACAUCGACGUCGUCGACUGCGGUGACGUCCCGAUGGUCCUGACGGACAACAAGGUCGCGCUCCGCCAGCUCGAGCUCGCGAACGCGGCGCUCGUCCAGGGCACCGCGUUGCGCGCGCCCGAGGGCAAGUCGCUCGCCAAGGACGGCAAGUUCCAUCCGCGCGUGCUCACCCUCGGCGGCGACCACACCAUCACCCUUCCGCUCCUCCGUGGCGUCGCCGCCGUCUACGGCCCCCAUCUGGAUACAUGGAAGCCACGACCGUCGAAGGGCGGCCCGUGGCUUCCUGACGAGGAGAUCCCGGUGAGCCACGGGAGCUACUUUUGGUACGCGUUCAACGAGGGCCUCCUCGCGCCGAACAACUCCAACAUCCUGGGAGACUACGAGGACGACUACGCGUUCGGCUGGGUGAUCUCGCAUGCGUGGGACGCGGAGGACAUCGGCUGGCAGGGCAUCGUGAAGAAGAUCAAGGACACGGUCGGGGACAACCCCGUGUACAUUUCUCUCGACAUCGACGUGCUGGACCCUGCGAUGGCACCUGCGACGGGAACCCCUGAGAUCGGUGGCUUCACCACGAGGGAAAUCAAGAAGAUUCUCCACGCGCUCGAGGGCCUCAAAAUCGUCGGUGCCGACAUCGUGGAGGUUGCGCCCGACUAUGACUCCCAAGACGAGAUCACGUCGAUCGCUGCUGCCAACAUCGGUUGGGACAUCCUUGGGCUGAUGGCUAAGACACCCCUCGUCGAGUAA